GCAUCUCAGCAUCAUAUUCACCAGGUUGUAACUCACUUAAGUCCAGUGAUGAAGAUUCUGCUGUUCUUCUUCGUUCUCGCAGUGUGUCUGAACUCUUGCUGUGUCCUGACGAAGACUCUGGAGUUCUUCAUCGCAGCUCUGGAGACUAAGUGGGAAUAUGUGUUUACCGACACCAUAGAUCCGACUGCAAAUCAAAGGAAAUUUUCGUCCGGUGUUCAGAAAUACAUCAAGGCUGUAUAUAUAGAAUACACUGAUUCCACCUUUACGGAAAUAAAGUCAAAACCUCCAUGGGCUGGUAUUCAGGGUCCAACCAUCAAAACAACAGUGAACGACAGAGUGGUGAUCCACUUCAAAAACUUUGCAACCCAUUCCUUCAGUAUUUCCCCAAUUGGCAUUCCAUACUGGAAACAAUCUGAAGGCGCAGGGUACGAGGACUUGACUUCUGUGAAGGAGAGAGAGGACGAUGCAGUGCCUCCCGGUGGUUACUACAAGUACGUUUGGGACAUUUCCCCCAACAGCGGGCCAGCAGCAUCCGACCCCGACUGUCUCACGUACAUAUACUCAUCACAGGUGGACAUCGUACGAGACUUCAACAGUGGACUCAUCGGUGCCAUGCUGAUCUGCAAAACAGGUGUCCUGAAUGAGGAGAGACAGCAGACGGUUCCAGCAUUUGUUCUUCUGUUUGCUGUCUUUGAUGAAAGUAAGAGCUGGUAUCCGGAGGUGGGCCGAACGGACAAACUGAGAAAAACGUCUAGCCGGAAUCAGUUUCACACUAUCAACGGAUACGUCAACUCAACCCUACCAGGUCUAAGUGUGUGCCAGAAGAGCCCUCUGGUGUCCUGGCAUCUCAUCGGUCUCGGCUCCACACCAGAUAUCCACAGCAUUAAGUUUCAAGGUCACACCCUAAAGGUGUUUGACCAUAAGCGGGUGACGGUGGAAAUGACCCCGAUGACUUUCACUACAGCCCUAAUGAAACCAUCCACCACCGGACGAUUUCUCAUCUCUUGUGAGAUCCACUCUCAUCAGACAGCUGGCAUGAAUGCCUUCUUCACUGUUGAUAACUGUCCUGAACCGGUGCAGCUCCCGAGCCCAGACAGACGAAAUGUCAAACUUUUAGAUGAGGAUGAAAAUGAUGAAGAUAACAUGUUCUCUACCAUCGAAUUCAAUCCAAGAGGACCAAUGAUACGCUCCGGCGCCAGACGCAAACCUAAAAUCUGGGUUUAUUACAUCGCUGCUGAGGAAAUAGACUGGGAUUACUCAUCGUACAGCGAUGGCCGGGCUUCAUCAUCCUCAUCCUCAUCUGAGUGGUUCAGAAAGGGUCCUCAGCGUUUAGGUGGGGUGUAUAAGAAGGUGGCGUAUGUGGAGUACACAGACAAGACGUUCACUGUGAAGAAGACCACCGGCAAAAAGCUAAUGGGUCCAGAGCUCAGAGGAGAAGUGGGAAAUACAUUUCAGAUUGUUUUUAAAAAUAUGGCCAGUCAACCAUUCAACAUUUAUCCAAAUGGCCUGACCAACAUUCAACCCGUGAAGAAAACAGAAAAAGACAAUCAGGUGGAUCUUCGCUCUUUGGCUGUACCACCGGGUGAGAUAAUGAUGUACCUCUGGAAGCUGACUGCAGAAGAUGGGCCAACAGAAGCUGACCCUCGAUGCCUUACCCGCUUAUACCAAAGUACAGUGGACCCGGUUCGCGAUGUGGCAUCCGGUCUCGUAGGACCUCUGAUCAUCUGCAAAUAUCAAUCAUUGAAGAGAGGCCGAGCGGUACAUUCGGAUAAAGUAAGAAAACUGCUGUUUGCGGUGUUUGAUGAAAACAAAAGCUGGUUCUUUGAAGAGAACCUUAAGAAGAACAGUGAAGAUCCUCAGAAGAUCAACCGCAGCGAUCCGAAUUUCUACAAUUCAAAUGUCAUGCACACUGUGAAUGGUUUCAUGUUCAACCACCUUCAGUUAAGUAUGUGUGUUGGUGAUGUCAUACUCUGGCACGUCGCAAGCGUAGGGGUGCAGAACGACUUCCUGUCCAUCUACUUCACCGGCAACACGUUUGAGAAGGAUAAAACGUACGGAACGGUUCUCACGCUCUUCCCGAUGACAGGAGACACAGUGAUCACUGAAGUGGAGAUGCUAGGCGAAUGGGAAGUCAGUGCGUUUGACCCGUUUCUAAAGGACAGAGGCAUGAGCGUUCGAUACUCUGUUACUAACUGUGAAAAAGUUCUCCCCAUGACCGAUAACGAGGACUACGAAGAGGAAUACAUGGAUUACAACGCAAAUAACUUUCAGCUUCCACGCGGCAUACUGGAUAGGGACCGCACUAUCGCAAUUCGAGUGUGCAGAAACAGAACUGCAACGGAUUCGGCAGGCGGCAGGGAAAACGUCAGCCGAACUUUGGACAAUGAGAGACAAAACAGAAACCCGGUGUGUGAGAUAAGAUAUAUUUCAAUAAAGAGGGAAAAAGAUAGGAAUUCUUUAUCGCAGGGCGGUAUCCCGCAGGAUGUUCUGGAAGAACUGGACAGAGAGAUGGAUGGGAAUUCUGUAGAACGUCAGAAGAGGUCCCACCUUGAUUCUGGGUUAUACAGGAGAAGGCCAGAGUUAGCGAACAAGAUUCCCGAAAGUGAUCUUACAUACAAUAGCACAGAACAUAUGGACUCUGAGGAAAUGACAGAUGAACGCCAAAAUUUGAACAUAACAAACAUAGUGUCAGAUAAUGCAAAAACAUCCCACGGUUUGGGUGAAGAUAAACCCAGUGAAACCAAUGAUGUGUUAAGAAAAAUAUUUCUGAAAGACAAAAACCGUCAGGAGGGGAAGCUGACUGAUUCAAAAGCGAGAGAUCGAAGGGAGAUGUUGAGCGUCACCAAAGACAAUAUAAACCACGUAGAGGUAAAAGUCGAUAAAGUUCAAAGUGACAACGAAGUGCUGGACGAUUACGGAAGUUCCGCUCAAAUAACGGACAAGAUGGAGGAAAGUUUGAAUCCUGUUGGCUAUAAUUACAAAGACCCAAAUAAGUUUCUGGAACGCACAUCUAAUUCCUCAGAAAAUCAGACGCAUGGAGAGAAAUCAUUGGCAAAUGACUACGAUGACUAUAUGAAUGAAGGAAGCGUUUCAAGUAUGGAUCACAAAUAUGAUAACAACUUUGACAUCAGGUCCACAGGGUCGAAAUUCAGAAGUUACUACAUUGCCGCAGAGGAAAUCAUGUGGGAUUAUGGGAUUAACCAGCCGGCACAGGUCAUCAAACAACGGGAGAUGAAGAGAGGAUUGAAGAAAUACUUUCCAUCCUACAAAAAAGUGAUAUUUAGAGCCUAUCAGGAUAAAGAUUUCAAUAAACCAAUCAAACGAGGAGAAAUGGAUGAGCACCUCGGCAUUCUGGGUCCUGUGCUGAAAGCUGAGAUCAAUGAUGCUCUUACCGUGGUUUUCAAGAACAAGGCAACCAAGCCGUACUCCUUUCAUCUGCACGGCGUGUAUGAUAAGACCCAGGGGAGUUUUGGUCCUGGAUUGGGUCAAGAUGGGUUCAAGGCUGGGGAGGUACCAGGUGAUCCCGUCCCUCCAGGAGAGCAGCGGGUGUACCGCUGGAGUAUUUCGAAACGACAAGGUCCUUCAGCUUCAGAGUUUGACUGCAAGGCUGGAGCUUACUAUUCCAAUGCCAACAUGGAGAAGGACAUCAACUCUGGUCUGAUCGGCCCAAUGCUGAUAUGUCGUCCCGGUACACUACAUCCAGAUUUCCGGCUUCAGCCGGGGGUGACCGAUUUCUUUCUCCUCUUCACGACCUUUGAUGAAAGGAAAAGUUGGUACCUCGACGACAACAUCAAAAAGUACUGUGCUCCACCCUGCCAGGCUAGACAAGACGAUCCAUGGUUUCAGAUCACCAACAGGUUUGCAGCUAUUAACGGCUAUGUGUCAGAGACUCUUCCUGGCCUGCUAGUUGAACAGUAUCAGACGGCUCGCUGGCAUCUCCUCAAUGUCGGGACUGGAGGAGAAUUUCACGCCGUACACUUUCACGGCCUGCCGUUCAGUGUUGGAAAAAACCAGGAACACCGCAUGGGAAUUUUCAACCUCUUUCCAGGUGUGUUUGGAACCGUGGAGACGAGGCCGGCCAUCGUGGGCACCUGGUUGAUCGAAUGCACCAUUGGAGAACAUCAGAUGGCAGGCAUGAGAGCCAAAUUAUUGGUUUACAACCCACGAUGUAUUCAGCCAUUAGGAAUGCAGUCCGGAUGGAUUCAUAAUGACCAAAUAACAGCAUCUGAUUACUACGGUGAUUGGAAGCCUGAUUUAGCCCGACUGGGGUUAACUGGAUCUAUUAAUGCCUGGAUGGGCACCAAAAAAGAUUCAUGGCUCCAGGUGGAUCUGUUAAGGCCGAUGCUUCUUCAUGGUCUUAAGACACAGGGUGCAAAGACCUCAAUGGGUCUGAGCGAGGCGUUCACCAUUUAUUAUACCAUCAGUUACAGCACAGACCAAGAGACCUGGAUCACCUACAUAGGAAACAGCACCAAGUCACCUUAUUCCUUCAAUGGAAACAUGGACGGUUCUAGAAUAAAAGAGAAUUUGUUUUCUCCACCCAUCGUGGGUCGAUACAUCAGGAUUCACCCGCAGACUUUUCAGAAACAGCCCACCCUGAGGAUAGAGCUGCUGGGUUGUGACCUCAAUAGUUGUUUCAUGCCAUUAGGAAUGCAACGGCAGUUGAUUCCCAGCAGCAGUAUCACAGCCUCAUCGUUCCUGAACAAGUGGCUACUUUCCUGGAGUCCUGAUCUCGCUCGGCUCAAUCAAGAAGGUCGUGCAAAUGCGUGGAGACCUAAGACUAAUAAUCCUCAUGAGUGGCUACAGGUGGACUUUAGUUCAAUGAGAAGAGUGAUAGGUGUAGUAACACAGGGGGCUCGAGCUAUGCUAAAACAUUUGAUGGUCACUGAAUUUACAGUCUCCUGUAGCAAUGAUGGUCGAAGCUGGACCAGCGUGAAGGAGCAGCUCACAAACCAAGAUAAGAUCUUUGAAGGAAACAGUGAAUAUGAUGAGGAGAUGCUGAACUACUUUGAUCCUCCACUCUUUACACGCUUUAUACGCAUUCACCCUAAAGGCUGGAUCAGUGAAAUCGCCCUCCGGGUGGAGUUUCUGGGCUGUGAUACACAAACAUCACUUUAAGAUACAAAGAGAUGCACGCGAAGGAGACUGGAGGUGAAAGAAACAACAGACGCUUUUAUCCACAUAAAUCCUCGCUGUCUGCUGUCAGAAUGCAGCACUACCUUUAAUUCUGGCUAAAACAUGGCGUCUUAUAUCUGCACACAUAAGCAAUAUACAGUCUACUUUAUGUGUUUCUAAUGAAUUGCUGUAAGUUAUAAAAAAAUUACUGUCAACAACAGUACACCCGUUGUCUGCUUCUGAAACAUUAUUCUGGUGAGUUGAUCUACCCACCCAUAUCAUUUUUUGGUAAUCUGUUUGUAUAUACUGGCCUGAGAUGACUACUGAAUUUGCCAUAUGCUGUACUUUUGUAUUUUGUACUGUGAAACAGAAGUGAAAUUUGUGUUUUAUAAAAUAUUUAAAUCAG